AUGGCAAAGCCAAGCAAAAAAAUGCAAAACUUGCAAAAUUUUUGCAAGUUUAUCAAAAAACAUUGGAAAAAAGUGCAAGCAAUUUUAAAAAAAAAGCAAAGCCAUGCAAAAAUUUUAAAAAAAAAUGAAAAAUUUCGCAAAGCAGGCAAAACUUUUGCAGAAUGGCAAAAAAGUUGCAAAAAUUGGCAAAAUCACGAUUAG